GGCUUGACCGCGGCGCUGCAUCCGCUAAGUGCGUGGUGCGAAGCUGCGCUGGGUGCGGUUGUCGCGGUCGCCACUGCCUCUCGGUCCAAUGAGCUGCACCAGGAUGAUCCACGUGCUGGAUCCACGACCUUUGACAAGUUCAGUCAUGCCCGUGGACAUGGCCAUGAGGAUUUGCUUGGCACAUUCACCACCCCUGAAGAGUUUCCUGGGUCCUUACAAUGGUCUUCAGCGAAGACAUUUUGUGAAUAAACCGAAGCCCUUGAAACCGUGUCUCAGCGUCAAGCAGGAAGCCAAAUCACAGAAGGAAUGGAAGAGCCCACACAGCCAAGCCAAGAAGCGGGUCGUGUUUGCUGACUCCAAGGGGCUCUCCCUCACUGCCAUCCACGUCUUCUCAGACCUUCCAGAAGAACCCGCGUGGGACCUGCAGUUUGACCUCUUGGACCUUAACGACAUCUCCUCCAGCUUAAAACUUCACGAGGAGAAAAAUCUGGUUUUCGAUUUCCCCCAGCCUUCAAGCGACUACUUAAGUUUCCGGGACCGCUUCCAGAAGAACUUUGUCUGCCUCGAGAACUGCUCUUUGCAAGAUCGGACAGUGACUGGGACGGUCAAAGUAAAGAACGUGAGCUUCGAGAAGAAGGUUCAGGUCCGCAUCACCUUUGACACCUGGAAAACCUACACCGACGUGGACUGUGUAUACUUGAAGAACGUUUACGGCAGCUCAGACAGUGACACCUUCUCCUUUGCCAUCGACUUGCCCCGCGUCAUUCCAACUGAGGAGAAAAUCGAGUUCUGCAUUUCCUACCAUGCUAACGGGAGGGUCUUCUGGGACAACAACGAGGCUCAGAACUAUAGAAUUGUCCAUGUACAGUGGAAACCCGACGGAGUGCAGACUCAGGUGGCACCCAAAGACUGUGCAUUCCAACAGGUGCCCCCUAAGACUGAGUUAGAACCCACGGUCUUUGGCAGUCCGAGGCUUGCUAGCGGCCUCUUCCCAGAGUGGCAGAGCUGGGGGAGAGUGGAGAACUUGGCCUCCUAUCGAUGAGUUAGGCAAUCUAUAGACCGGCUUUGUCUGAUCAGAAUCCUCAUGCAAUUCUAGGUCUGUAUUGCUCAAUAUUAGGAAGUCGUAUUACUUUCUAUCAGUAGAUUUAGGUACGAGCUGUUGGGACCUGGCUAUGGAAGCUAUUGUCACUUGAGAAUUUAGUGUUGGGGUCUAUGAGGGUGACACCCCCAGCUUUGUUCUGAAGGAUCAAGGACAGUCUGGGAACUGGUUUUCUACAGUCGACACCUGUUUUUUUUUUUGGGGGGGAGUGCAUUUUUCCACUUCCCUCUCAGUUCACUAGCUCUCACUUUGAACAAAGAAAGGUUGGAAGAUGGUGAUGGAAGGCUGUAGUAAGGGUGUGAGGAACGUCAAAUGCUUAUGCUAAGGCUCUGAGACUCAAGUCAGAGGAGGAGCAAUGGUUAAAUGGGUAUUAAACCAUUGGUGGGAAAACAUAAUGUUAUCUUGUGUUUCGGAAUGGGUUCUGCUGGCUUCUCCUGAGGAAAUAGCUCAAAGAUGGGAAAGGAACCCAUUCUAUGCAUUUUUGUUUUGCAUAGAAAAAUAAAAGGGUGUUGGAUGGUACUGCGGGAAGAUGAACUGUAGUUUGGAAGAAUCAAGAUCUUGAGGGCUAGAGAAGUAGCUCAGUUGGUCGUGUGCUUGCCUAGCAUGCAUGAAGACCUGGGUUCCAGGCCCGCUGGGGGUGGCAGCGGCACAUGCCUUCAAUCCCAGUAUGUUAUAGCAAAGGCAGAGGCAGGAGGAUUAGAAAUCCACAGUCAUCCUUGGCACACGGAAAGUUGGAGGCUAGCUUGGGCUCGUUGGAAUCCCUGUCGCAGGAAACGAUAUUAAAAGAUCUUAAGUGAAUCCUUCUGGUUUAAACAGGGUCUACCAGAAACCAUGUUAUGGAGAGUGUUGAAACAAAUCCGACUUUGCAUUCUUAAUCGGAUAAGUGGCUUUGUGGUGAAGCAUCAUUCUUCACAGAAUGCUGUGUGCUACAAAAUGCUGCCCAACAUCGGGCAUGCUGUCACUAACGGCUAGCAGCGUGUAGGGACUCCACCUCAUGUCAAAGAGAGCUCUUUCAGUGCCUCAAUUAAACCGGAACACUGUACCUGUUUAAACGGGUUACCUGAACGACCAUCUAAUAACUCAUGAUUUUUUGGGGCCUUAUUUGAAGGUCCAUUCGCUGGCGUUCUCCCGAAAUCAUCAGGAGUGCUGUCAGUGUACACAAAUCACGUCCUUCAUAUUGAAGGUGACUCAACUUUCUGCCACACUUUUUCGAUGUGAUGUUUGAAGUGGGGACUGACACCAGAGUCCCAGUGCAAGAAUCCAGGACCUUGCACAUGAGAGUAUCGGUCUAUCUCAUGCCUACUUUUUUUUUGUCUUGCUGUUUUAAUUUCUAGUCAAAAUGAUUUUUGAAAAUGCAGAUAUGAAUUAUUUCGAAUGUGAACUGUUUUUGUGUGUGCAUAAGUACACUUUGCGGGAUCUUGAGACAGGUGCCCUGGGAUGAAUGCCGUUUACAGUGUGCAUGUCCUUUGAGGUGUGUUGGAAAAGUGCAGCGAAUUUUAACGUAUGUGAUCCGCCAUGCUGUGAAAACACUAUUGGGAUACCUCCCCUGUGACGGUAUUGGAGGUUUGGCUAGUAUCCGUAAGUUCUCUGCUGUAAAUACCUACAUUGUCCGUAUGAGCCUCUCACUUUAAGAAUAAAUGUGCUUGGUAGAA